CUGCAAGAAUGUUGAAAAUUUCCAAGUCAAAAGGAAAUCUUUUGCUGCACGUUCUCAAAUACCCUCCUUACUUAUCAAAGUUCAAUACCCCCCACCUUAUAAAAUGCUUCAGCAAUGGCUGCAAAAGCAGUCAUUUCAAGUCCAACCUUCUUUUUUGGUUCCCCCAUACGACACACCAUGCCUGUCAAGAAAACUCUUGCUCUUACCAAUGGAAACGAAGCCGUCAAGAGCAACGUUAUGGAUACUAACACAAAGCGCAGAUGCUUUAACCAUUGUUUCUCCUUCAAGGAGGUUUCGGUCGAACCAGUAUCAUCAUUAAACGACCUUGAUUCGAACAAACUCAAGGCUGAGAUCAAGAGAUGGGCUAAGGCUGUGGUGGCGUAUGCUCGUCAAGUUAGUGGUAGUUUCGGGAGCUCCGGGAGAAGUUACCGGCGACACGGGAGCUCUCAGAGCUCUCAUCACAUGCCAUAGCCAUGGCUAGUUUGAGGUUGAAGAAUUGUACAUCCGAGAUGGUGAGAAUUGGCAGGUCACAUCCAAUGCAAAAAUGGGUUCAAAUCUUUGAGCAAUAUCAAGUUCAACAAGGCAAAACUUAUAGAUAAAUUAUGUCAAAAAUUUCAGGGUACAAGAGCAAGGCUCAGGACCUGUUCUCCUUGUAUAUAGUUUUUUUUUUUUAAUCAGAGCGGAUGCCUGGCUUGGAUUCUUAUGUACAUAGUUUCUUCUGAUUCUUAUUUGCCUGAAAUAUUGCAUUUCUUUUGUUAAAAUUCAUUGAGAAUAUGAUGAUAAUAAUGAUGGAUAAAUUAAGCAGAAAGUUAUUGCAGUGCACGGUAAUGUUAAUGUUUAUUUCAUUGGUUGGAUAGACUAUUUUCGAAAUGAUUAAACGAAAAGAAAUUUGCCAAAAAAACACUUGAUUUGAGAUUCAACUGAUUUGAAGAUAAAUAGACAGUUGGAGAGAAUCCCAGGAAAAAACUGUUGCUACUACUAGAAUUUACACCAAAAAAAUGAAAAAAAGACGAGGAAAACCAAAAUCUAUACAUCUUUGUAACAGGGCUUAGCUUGAUAAUUGAUAGAAGCGUGGCCUUUGAUGUUGUUAUGUUUCAACAGGCAACGAGCUUGAUGGGACUCUUGGAUACCACAGUCACUGGUUUCUGCAUUAUUGAGUUUUAUUUGUUCCAACAGGUUUCUUUCUUCUAAUAUAUCCACCAAAUGCCUUUUCUCUCCCAGAUAUGGUCCUCAAUAGCUGUUUAGAACACAUGUCUUGCGCUUGUGUCGCGUUCUUCAUUCGCUUUGC